AUGUACAUUUUUUUUCUCUCUCUCCCUCUCUCUCACUUUUUAGAUGUUCGUCUUGAGAAUGGGAAUGGAAAUGGAGCGCAUGAAGGGAGCGUUGAGAUCACUACUGAUCUAUACAACUGGCAAAUAAUAUGCGGAAGCAGCGAAUUCGAUAUUCUGGAUGUCAUCGUGAUUUGCCGGCAACUCGGUUAUCCUGGUGCUAACAGGGCUUUGACGAGCAGUCCGUACCCGGCAGGCAAUUACCCGAUGUCUACGACCGCGUUCCAUUGCUCUGGGAAUGAAUAUCAUCUAAAUAACUGUUCCUACACCGAAACCGUAUGUGCAUCUCGACAGGUAGCCGGUGCUGUAUGCUACAGACGGGAUAGCGGAUACAUGGGCUGUUUUACCGACCGGUUCACCGAUCCGGUUUUGACGGGAGUAGUCGUAGCCGACCUGGUUAUGACGCGUUCUCGAUGUGUGGAUUUCUGUAUCAGAAAUGGAUUCGUGUACGCGGGGUUGAAGUUCGGGACAAAGUGUACUUGCGGGACUGAGGGUGCCGAUUACUCGAGGUACGGGAGAAUAAGUGAUUCGCAAUGUCAUUAUCCGUGUGGGGGAGCUCCUUCAGAAAGCUGUGGAGGAUACGAGGCACUCGCUGUUUUCAAAGUUGCGAGUGAUAGACCAAGGCCUACAAGUCGUCCAAUAACAACUCUGACGUCAUUUUAUCAAAACAAACGGACCACGACGAAAGACACUGGAUACAACCGUACACAACCGGAAGUCACAUAUGGUUACCCAAGCACCCCCGCGGUGACGGUCAGGAUGGUGGCAAAGGAAGGAAAUUUCAUCAACCAGCCCUCCGGUAUAGCUGUUGUCAUUUCAUUAUCAGUUAUUACAGUUAUCCUAGUAUUGGCAGUCGUCUUCCUCGUGCGAAGAAGGUCAUCACCACCUGAUUCUAAACGAAAGCCCAGUAAUCGUCCUUACGAAGAAAUAACCCUCGACAUUCAAGAAAUAGAAACCCCGGAAACGACGCCAAACAGUUACUGUGAAAACGGGGAUGUUCCUCUGAGUACACCGUUAGUUAUCACACCUAGGAGCCAUACAUACGAGCAGGCCGACCUGUUUUCAUACGGCGAAAGGAAUUCCGAAAUGUACAGCACCGUCCCAGACGUGGUUUCCGCAAGUUCGUCAUCGGCUCCGGAAAGCCGAAGCAAGCCGAUGACUCCUCCGGCAAUUCGCGAUCUCUACGCGAAGCCGCAUAAGGAGAGGGCGCGGCGCGUGCCGAGGAAAGACACGGGUUAUGAGACGAUUGAAGACGAGGACUUACGAGUCGACCCAAACAGCUACCUCGGAGGUGGUCGGGGGAUUCCCGAUGGGGAUGGUGGAACCGAGACCAGCCACACCGGGUAUUCGACCAUAGAAAAUGGCGGGGAUCUCGAGGAGAGCUUGAACCUUGAUGAAAUGUAUGCGAAACCUCUGAAGAAAGAACAUCGAAAGGUUGUUCGAGAGGACAGCUUUGACGAGACUUGCAUGGUUGAAAAUGAACUUUAUACAUCAACUGACUCAUAACCCCGUUAAGAAUAUUUGAACAUUGUAAUAAGUAAUUAUUUAUUGAGUACCUAUGGACUUCAUGCAUAAUUUCGAUAUAUAAAUGUGAC